ACCUCCCCAAAACCCCUCUUCGCCCCGAGAGUGGUCUUCCCACUGUCAAAGCCGCUCACAGAUUUUUCAGUUUCUUGCAAGUCCCCAAAAACCGAAUCGGAGCAAAUCGCCACCGCAAUCCGGAGCCCCAGCCGGCGAUCGAUCGCUCGCUCGCCCGUACAAAUCGCCGAAGGAGAACAAAAUGGAUCCGGCGAAGGUGAACCAGCUGAAGCAGUUCGUCGACAUGUGCAAGUCCAAUCCCGCCGUCCUGGCCGAUCCUUCGCUCGCCUUCUUCCGCGACUACCUCGAGAGCCUCGGAGCUCAAGUCCCUCCCGCUGCUCAGAAGCCCGGCGAAUCUAAAUCGAAGAGCCAUGUGGUGGAGGAGAGCGACGAGGAUAUGGAGGAGACUGAAGGCGGACACGUGAAAGUGGAGGAGGAAGAGGAGGAGGAUGAGAUUAUCGAGUCGGAUAUGGAGCUCGAAGGCGAGACGGUCGAGCCUGAUGACGAGCCUCCCCAGAAGAUGGGAGAUCCAUCGCUUGAAGUUUCUGAGGAGAAUCGUGAGGCCUCUCAAGAAGCAAAGGCACAAGCCAUGGAAGCCCUUUCUGAAGGAAACUUGGAGGAAGCGAUUGAGCACCUUACACAGGCAAUAACACUCAAUCCAACCUCUGCAAUCAUGUAUGGAACCAGAGCUACUGUGUAUAUUAAAAUGAAGAAGCCCAAUGCUGCAAUCCGGGACGCAAAUGCAGCUUUAGAGAUAAAUCCGGAUUCUGCAAAAGGCUACAAGGCUCGUGGCAUGGCUCGAGCAAUGCUUGGUCAGUGGGAAGAAGCUGCAAAGGAUCUUCAUUUAGCAUCAAAGCUAGAUUACGAUGAGGAAAUAAAUGCUGUACUUAAGAAGGUUGAACCAAAUGCACAUAGGAUUGAGGAACAUCGGAGGAAGUAUGACAGAUUACGUAAGGAGCAGGAAGAAAGAAAGAUUCAGCGUGAGAGAGAGCGUAGACGUGCAGAGGCUCAGGCUGCAUAUGAGAAGGCAAAGAAACAAGAGCAUUCAUCAUCCAGUCGACCAUCUGGUGGUAUGCCUGGUGGAUUCCCAGGUGGGAUGCCCGGUGGAUUCCCAGGUGGAAUGCCUGGAGGUUUCCCGGGCGGUAUGCCAGGAGGAAUGCCUGGAGGAUUCCCGGGCGGCAUGCCAGGAGGAAUGCCAGGAGGAAUGCCUGGAGGUUUCCCAGGAGGCAUGCCAGGAGGAAUGCCUGGAAAUGUUGAUUUUAGCAAAAUACUAAAUGAUCCUGAUCUUAUGGCUGCAUUUAAGGAUCCAGAAGUCAUGGCUGCUAUGCAGGAUGUAAUGAAGAACCCUGCCAAUCUGGCAAAGCAUCAGGCAAAUCCAAAAGUGGCCCCUAUAAUUGCAAAGAUGAUGAGCAAGUUCGGAGGAUCCAAGUGAAAAAUUCCGAUGCAGUAAUAACUGGUUUCGGGGUCCAAGGUCCUGGUUUAUCAGAGUGGAGGGGUUUUAGAGUGCUGCUAUCUGAAAUGUGGGUUGUCAUCGUCUGUAAACAUUUUUCCGUUGGUAGGGAUCUCAGAUGAACAUCUCGAUUUUGCUUUUGAAACGAUAGAUAUAAGCUGACUAACGUCACGGGAAAAGUGUGAUUUAUUUACACUUUCCAAGUUAUUUCGAGCCUUCCCUUCUUAAA